CCACUUUUCCCACUUGUAGCUGAGCCUGUCUCGUGGGCUCAGAGAGGCUGCAAGGCACCAGUGAUUCCUGCCCAGGGAAGUGAAACUGGAGGUCUCCACCCACUGGUGAAAGGUCAGCUGAGGCUCUCCAGGAAAUGGACCGCGUGACCAGAUACCAUGUCUUCAGUCAGCCACACUCAGCUCGAGUGGCUGGGCUGGCCCUGGACGGAGACACCAGUUACAAGAUUGAGCUGGUGGGCGUGGGCCCCAAGGACCACGUCUGGGUUCUGGACGAACCACGCUCUUUAUCCACGGCCUUGGAGGCCCAGGUGGACAGGACAGAGACACAGGUGUCCCGCAGCAAGGCCGCGGUCCUCGGGCACCCAGCAAAGGACAGAGAUGAGGAGAUGGAGGUUUACCUCCUGGAAGCCAGCCAUGGCGCCCCCAAGCGGCCAGAAGACCUGGAGCAUGAGCGCUGGGCCGUCAUCCAGGGCCAGGCGGUCAGGAAGGGCGGCACAGUGGCCACGCUUCGUGGCACCCCUGACCGCCAGGACACUGGGCCACCCAGCCACCUGCCACCCGAUACCCUGGAGAGGAAAGAUCUGGUUGACACGGAUCAGAUCGAUUUCCUGGAGGCACGGCAGCACUUUUUGAACCUGGAACAGGACACCACAAACAGGACCUCUGUCUCCCAGAGUCCCCUGGCCAAAGUGCCCCCUGCUCGUGCCCAGCUGGGGUUCAUCCGGACCCCUAGACCCUCGAAGGAGCCCCAGCUGACCAACGGGCAUGUCGUCCCUGCCACCGACCAGGACAAGGAGGUCCUCCUGGAGGAAAAGAGAGCUCAAGGUGAUUUUACUGGACACACAGCACAAGCGCUGGACAGCUCUGGGCCUUGGUCCCUGGCCACUAACAGCUCCAGCCUCCGUUUCCAAGUGGCUGAUUCCUCUGGCUUCCAGUCCCAAGACACAGCCAACCCCAACUUCCAAUCGCAAACCCCAGAGGUGUCCCAGCUCUGGGCCCAACCCAUGCACGACCCCGGCUCCUGGUCCCCAGAGCUCUCCAAAGAGACCCCCAUCGAGAGGGAGAUCCGCUUGGCCCAGGAGCGUGAGGCGGAUCUGCGGGAGCAGAGGGGCCUCAGGCGGGCAGCUGGCCACCAGGAGCUGGUGGAGAUCCUCACCCGGCCAGUGCUGACCAAAGCCAGCCUGGCCGAGGCACCUCGGAGGGACCGGAGCCGCUCGUUCCUGUACGUGCAGCGUGACAUGGUGCAGGAGACGCAGCGGGAGGAGGCCCACCGGCGGACAGGCCUGCAGGCCAGAGGGGCAUCUACGCCUGACUGGGGCCCCGAGGAGCCCAGGCCCGCACUCCUGAGGACGCUGAGCUCUGACUCCAUCCUCGACCCUGUGCCUGAUGCCCGUGCGGCUGACCCGGCCCCAGAGACCAGGAAGGUGAACCGCAUCCCGUUGGAUGCCUACCAGCCAUACUUGGGCGGGGGGACUCCCCAGCCGGACUUUUCCCCGUUCUGGGGAUACCGAGGUCCACCCACCACUGCCACUGCAGAGGCCAAAGCUCUCGGCUCCCCAAAGGCCUCGAGCUCUCAGGGGCCUUUCUCGGAAGCCUCUGGAAAGGCCGUGAGCCUGAAGUCCCCUCAGGGUCACCCACAAGCUAGCGGGGCCACAAUACCCCAGGAGUACUUUUGCCUGCAGCCCCUGAAGUUCAGGGGCCCCGACCCGCAGCAUCCGGCUGAGGCCACCCGGGCCUGGGGCUGGGAGGCCACUUCAGAGGCCAAAGCUCUCGGCUCCCCAAAGCCCUCAGGCUCUCAGAGGCCUUUCUCGGAAGCCUCUGGAAAGGCCGUGAGCCUGAAGUCCCCUCAGGGUCACCCACAAGCUAGCAGGGCCACAAUACCCCGGGAGUACUUCUGCCUGCAGCCCCUGAAGUUCAGGGGCCCCGACCCGCAGCAUCCGGCUGAGGCCUCCCGGGCCUGGGGCUGGGAGGUGACUGGGGCCCCAGUGGUGAGGCUGAAGAGGUCACAGUCAUCCGAGCUGCUGGACCGGGAGGUGGAGGACGUGCUCCGCCGGGAGCGGGAGGUGGAGGAGCAGCGGAGGAGGAGCACCUUCCUCCCCAAAUCCAGGUCCCUCUCCCCGUCACCAUCACCAUCACCAUCACCAUCACCACCGUGGGACGAGGGCUGCAAGCAGGACUCUAGGCGCUCCUCCAGGGAGUCUGGCAUCACGGGCAGUUACUCUGUGUCCCAGUCGCCCUUGUUCACCCCCGUCAGCCUGCACUCAGACCUGGUGUGGACAGCGGAGCCCCCGAUGGACAGUGUUUCCAGGCCCAGGAGCAAGGGCCAGUCGUAUGCAGGCAUCAACCCUUCGGAUAGCAUCAACUCAGAGAUCCUGGGAGCCACGCGUGUGACCCGCCACAAAAAUGCCAUGGCCAAGCGCUGGGAGGCUGGCAUCUACACCAGCGAGGAUGAGGACUGAGCCUGGCCCAGGACUUCGGCCAGCCCUGCCCACUGCGGACUUGGUCCCCGUGCGGAGUCCCAGUGCGAGGAGCUGAGUCAGCGCCCACAGGUGUGGGAACCUCAUGUUCCACUCCAGGGUUCUCCUCGCCACACUGUCCCCCUGGGGGAAGCUUUCCUGUUUUGAGGGUCUUCGGCUGGGCCUGAAGAGAGAGCCCUGCUGAGCUGUGUCCCGCCCUUAGUGGGCUUUUUGAGACAGAGCCCAGUCGGGCCUCCAGCUGCCAGCAAUGACCCUCCCUGGGCCUCCGGGGCCACCAUGCAGGUUGCUUGGGCCUCUGAGACUUUGCCUGGUGCUCCGGGUCUGCAGAUGGAGAUGGGGACUGUGGUGUGCCCUGCAGCCUGGGUGUGAAGCUCCGGGCCCUCAGCUGCUGGGGAAAAGCGGGAGGGCUGAGGCAUCAAGGCCUGUGCCUCCCACAAACCUUGUACCUGUCCUUGUUCACCUGGAAUAAACCCGAGAGUCCCCAGCCUGCCCCAGCCCAGCCAUCGGCGGAGAGCACUGGGUCACCUUGGUCUCAGUUCUCUGGAAAACAUCAGGUCCUGCCCCGCUGGACCACGAUCCCUGUGAUGUGGACUACGGGCUCCCGCGUGCUGCAUACAGCAGGUGCCUCAUUAGUGCUCAUGCAGAGGCUGUGGAGUGUACAAGGGUUGGCUUUGGGCCCGUGGGGUCUCAUGAACCGUCCCCUGCAGUCCCAAGGUUCCUCCCAAGCCUCAGGGGAGAACCCGGAUCCCCGUCCCAACUCCUGGUGACGCCUGCAGCCCUUGGCUUGCGGCCCCUUCCUCCAUCUGCAGAAUCGGCAGCAGCUGCAUCUCCAGCCUCUCUCCCUCCUGUGCCCGCUAGGCUGCCCCAGAAUGAGCCAAGCAAGGGACAGGACGGGGUGGGCUGGUUUGGCUCGGAUGCCCACACAGUGUCCCUGCCGCCUCAAACUCUCUUACUCUUUUUUUUUUUUAAUUAAAAACAAAUUUGAAUUUCUGUAUGUUUGCAAUGCAUAAUAAACACACACACUGCGGGGAGCUGGUGAA